UUCCACAACUUUACACGAAGUUGGCCAAGUUUUCGGCAUUUAGAACAUCUUUCCGGUGGGGUGAAGAUCUGUGAAUAUGACCUCCUUGGCCACCAUGGACAGCGCUGGGUCACUUCAGUACCAGCCCACUCAGCUCCUCAUGAACUGGGGGGUCUACCUUACCCUCGCGGACGGCCAGGGAGGGGUACAAGGGAGUCAGUCUCUCUACAGUGAUCCGUGGUCCAGCCCUGUAUCUACGGUCAACUCCGUCAAUACCGUAACAUCUUUGCUAAAAAAUGGACAGAAUAUUUACGGUCCGGACGGUUGGUCCCCGGUAUCGCUGAAUGGCCUAAACACUAAUGCGUUCCAGGGCACAUUGUCCCAGCAGGUAUCAACUUCACCUUAUGGGAGCAUCAAUGAUUUGGUGGAUCAUUUCAGCGACCUGUCCUUGUCCCUGGACAGGAAGCCCAGUAAACGCCCUCCCAGCACCUACCUCUGUCAUCUGUGCUUCACCAAAGGCCACUACAUCAAAGACUGUCCACAGGCUCGUCCUAAAGGGGAGGGACUCACACCCUACCAAGGAAAGAAAAGAUGUUUCGGGGAAUACAAAUGUCCCAAAUGUAAACGCAAGUGGAUGAGUGGCAACAGUUGGGCCAACAUGGGCCAGGAGUGUAUCAAGUGUCAUAUCAACGUCUACCCUCACAAACAGAGGCCCCUUGAAAAACCUGAUGGCUUAGAUGUGUCCGAUCAGAGCAAGGUACAUCCACAGCAUCUAUGUGAAAAGUGUAAGGUACUGGGAUACUACUGUAGGAGGAUGAACUAGGUCAAGGACAAUCAGCAAGGACAAAGGUCAAGGACGUCACUAAAGGUUAUCGACAGGAAGACAUGAAAUGUUUUCUUUAGAUUCCAUUGCUGAAAGCAAUUAGGGAUAUGAAAACUAGUUACGAUGAUGAAGAUUUUCUUCAGUAAUUUGUUUUGUACCAAGUACAUAGUUAAAUCAGAUCCAAGAUGAAAUCUAUGUAUGGCGUGAUCAUUUCAAUCUAAUGCGAGUGGCCAUGAAAUGAAAAAAUCUAGUACUGUAGUUUGGAUGUGCUGAUUUUGUGCUGUAAAUGAAUAAGAAAGUGGACGUUUAGAUCUAAAUGAAGGCAAAAACUGUAUGAGAUUGAAAAUUUGCGAUAUGUACUAUAUACUUGUUAAAUUUUGCAGAGCUUCUAUUUCGCAGUUGUCCCAGUCAUAACUUUCGUAUAACAACACCUUGUAAAAAAUCUGCAAUAAAUAAGUUGAGACAUACACAAGCAUGUGAUAUACAUUGACAGAGGUUAUAACUCACUGUACAAAUACUGGGGGGUAUACACUUUUAUGUUUAAUGACUGUGAAUAUAGCGAAAUCAUAUCCCCCUUUAAUUACUAACUGUAGACACGUCGGCCAGUCAGGGUAAAAUUGAGGUUAAAAGAAGAAUUCUUGUACUAGAAGAGGUUUUGAUAUUGGCCUUGAAAUGAGGGGAUGAUAUCAUACAUACAAGGAGUGGUGUGAAUAUCAACCUCUUUGUAUAUGUUUGGUUUGGAUCAUACCAGGAAUGGUUUGACAGUGAGAAUCAACACCGAAGUUGUGGAGAAAUGUUGUCAGAAUCAGAUUGACAAAACAAGAGGCCUUUUAGAAAUCUGACCACAGUUUCUUGCAUGUUUCUUUCGAUUUGAUACAAUGACAAGGAAUUCUAAGCUGAUGAUUAUAGAAGAUAUGCUUCUUGACAUUAAAUAUUUGAAAGCUCAUCAGAGGUUUAUUUUCACACAUUCAGAAUUUCCAUCUUUUUGUAGAGUACUGAUGUUAGAAUGACUAUCACUGUAAUGGCGUAACGAUCACAAGACAAUGAAAUCAGUUAUACUUCCCUCUGUGGUUAGAUAGCUUUUCAGUGCAUGUUAAAUAGGAUGCCAACCACAGCAUGUUAAGAUUCUGUCAUCAGGGCCAGCAACAUGGCUGGUUGAUCUAGUCAGGAGGGUAAUAAAAUGUAUCACUGAUCCUGGUCAUCAGGUCAAACAGUAUAACUGGUCCUAGUCACCAGACCAAACAGUAUAACUGGUCUUAGACACCAGACCAAACAUUAUAACUGGUCCUAGUCACCAGGCCAAACAUUAUAACUGGUCCUAGUUGCCAGGUCAAACAGUAUAACUGGUCCUAGUCACCAGACCAAACAGUGUAACUGGUCCUAGUCACCAGACCAAACAGUAUAACUGGUCCUAGUCACCAGGUCAAACAGUAUAACUGGUCCUAGUCACCAGACCAAACAGUAUAACUGGUUCUAGUCACCAGACCAAACAGUAUAACUGGUCCUAGUGACCAGACCAAACAGUAUAACUGGUCCUAGUGACCAGACCAAACAGUAUAACUGGUCCUAGUCACCAGACCAAACAGUAUAACUGGUUCUAGUCACCAGACCAAACAUUAUAACUGGUCCUAGUCACCAGACCAAACAGUAUAACUGGUCCUAGUCACCAGACCAAACAGUAUAACUGGUCCUAGUCACCAGGUCAAACAGUAUAACUGGUCCUAGUCACCAGACCAAACAGUAUCACUGGUCCUAGUCACCAGACCAAACAGUAUCACUGGUCCUAGUCACCAGACCAAACAGUAUCACUGGUCCUAGUCACCAGACCAAACAGUAUAACUGGUCCUAGUCACCAGACCAAACAGUAUAACUGGUCCUAGUCACCAGGCCAAACAGUAUAACUGGUCCUAGUCACCAGACCAAACAGUAUAACUGGUCUUAGUCACCAGGCCAAACAGUAUAACUGGUCCUAGUCACCAAGCAAACAAAAUAGUUGAUCCUUGACCAUGACCAGGACAACAGUCUGGCACUUGUCACCAGGGCAACAAUAUGGCUAGCCCUUCCACCAGGGCAACAGCAGGCCCUAUUUACCAGGGCACAAUAUGGCUGGCACUGCUGACAAGAGACCAAGGAAUCAGUAUGACUGGCCCUGAUCACAAGGCCACCAGUAUGACUGGCCCUGAUCACAAGGCCACCAGUAUGACUGGCCCUGGUCACAAGGCCACCAGUAUGACUGGCCCUGGUCACAAGGCCACCAGUAUGACUGGCCCUGGUCACAAGGCCACCAGUAUGACUGGCCCUGGUCACAAGGCCACCAGUAUGACUGGCCCUGGUCACAAGGCCACCAGUAUGACUGGCCCUGAUCACAAGGCCACCAGUAUGACUGGCCCUGGUUACAAGGCCACCUGUAUGACUGGCCCUGAUCACAAGGCCACCAGUAUGACUGGCCCUGGUCACAAGGCCAUCAGUAUGACUGGCCCUGGUCACAAGGCCACCAGUAUGACUGGCCCUGGUUACAAGGCCACCAGUAUGACUGGCCCUGGUCACAAGGCCACCAGUAUGACUGGCCCUGGUUACAAGGCCAAAAGUGUAGGCUGGCCUGUCCACAGCUAGAAGUAUGACCAUUUCAAAGAUGUUAAGAGCAUUUGGUAAAUAUGAAUUUUAUCCUAUUUCUGUUUUGAACAUCAUGAGAUAUGGAUACAACAACAUACAUUAUCUACAUAGCUUUAAGUGAACCAGAAGUGUUGGCAGCAGUUAGAACUUGAUAUAAAUAAUAUCAACAAAAACAGUAGAUCCAAUGUGUGUCUCAGUACAACAGGCUCUGAAUCUUUACACAUAUAGAUAUACUUCACUUCUCCUCAGUUUUUAUAUUCCAGAUGUGAGUAAGUGGGAAACUGGCUAGCUCACCAGACCUUGAAUGAUAUGCCCUUGUACUAGGUUUUGUUGUAUUCUUAGUAUAACUGCUAUUCCAAUAUAUAACUAUGAACAGUGAGAACUUUGACCAAGAUAUGGUAAAGUUGAUAUGUAAAUUUCUGCUUCACAAGAGAAUCUAAUUCAAGAUUAUCGAGUUAUAUUAUAAGACUUUUUUAUUAUUAUUUACACAAAGAUUUUUGAGAUUUUAUAUUGAUAUUUAUUAUUUGUAUAUGAUGGGAAGAUAGAAGGUGAUUAUAUUAGGAUAAAUUGUCAUAGAUAUCUAUUCUAUUCCUACUGGUUAAUUACAGAUGUAACAUUGUGUUGGCCUGUCAAACUUGAUGCAUUCAUAACCAAAGUUAAAAUGAUUUGAUAGAGAGAUGCUGAGAUAGAGGCAAUUCUUUCUCAAUAACUAAAGCAGAAUUCCUAUCCUCAUUGUAAAUAGUAUAUUAGAUAUGCAUUGUCACAUGGUGAAAGCAUUUUUUUAUUUAGUUGUUAUAUAAUUAUAGUUAAGUUACUCAAGAUUAUUGCAGUACUAUAUUAGAAUGUUUAACAUAAUGGUAUUGUGGAAUUAUUUUGAUCCUGAUUGGAUAGAAUUCUUAUGCAAAAAAAAAAAUUACGAAUUGAUAAUUUGCAGAUCUCUCUGGGAGAAAAAUAUCACCCAAUUCUUGGAGCUUAUUGUAUUUAUCUUAAUCUCGUUGGUUUAAAGUGUCAAUAUAUCAAAGGACAUUUGAUACAAUUUAGUUUCAAUUGGUUCCAUUGUUGGCAUGGAAACAGAACCACACUGUUAGAUACCCACAGUCACUGCUAUGCUACAUUUAUCAUGUGAGAAGUUUAGCGUUGAUGACAGAAUCAAUGUUACAUCUGUACUGAACCACCAAGAAAAUAUUUCCAUGUUCGUUUAUUAUGAUAGAAGAAAUUCCCAUAUUAUAGUAAGCUCAAUAUGUGACAGAUGUGUUGAUGUUCUGUUCUUGCUGGCCAGGAAAAUGACAUCAAAAGGCGUCCUACAAAUCAAGAGAUCAAAAACUCACCUGAAUGAAAUUUCUUGACUUUCCUUUUAUUGUUAUGGGAAAUGUUGUCAGUAAUUUGCAUGAACAGAAAUAUUCGAUUUUUAAAGUUUUUUUUUUUUUUUUUUUUAAUAUUUCUCGGUCAUGAGAACCAAAUCUCUGCCUGUAGUAGUUUAAACAAACCCCUGGCCAGCAAACAUAGCUAGUACAUCUCAGUAGGAACUACAUUUUCAUGAUUGGUGUAUUUUGAAUCCUGUUUAUUCUCUUGGUAUUUCAUUUCUUCAUAAGUUGUUUAUUAAUGAUGAGUUGCUAUCUCUUUAUGACUUUUCUAAGUGCAAAAAUGUUGAAAAAAGAUUUGAUAUUGAUGGGUGGCAUUGAGAGAGGGUAUAUUGUAUAUAUAAAUAUAAAUUAACACAAUCAUUAUUAAAAUGAAUAGAUUUUAUAUUUAAUUGAGUGAGGUUGUGGUGAAAUGUGUGUGAAAUGUUUUGUAUAAAAAAUAAUAUUUGCAUGAUAAAAUCAAUCUUGAAUUGGAUGUUUGCUGUGUACGUAUAUUGUCUUCGUAUUUUAGGUGGUACUUGUGUAUAAUUUGCUUUCAGCAUGUAGAUAUUGUGGAUUUUUUUGUUGGUAGAUUUUGAUCUUUAUUUAUAAGUUUAUUAAUUCGCUUUAGUUAUUUAUAGAUAUAUAAAGACUGAUUUUGCAUAAACAUAUCCGAAAAGGACAGAAUUGACGAGUAUGUAUUUAUAUAUAUAUAUAGGUACUAGAAAAUAUGUAUGAUAUUGGAAUUGGCAACUGUAAACAGAUCCGUUUUUGGUAUGUUUUAUAUUUUUCCACACUUGUUCAAAAGUGCUGAAUAAAGAUAAUAAAGAGUACAAAAAAAAUACAGUUCUUGUAACAUAAGUAUUGUUAUCAAAGCAUACUAAUAUGAAUACAGUAAUCUUAGUACCAAUGGUAGGGAGAAGUAUUCAGCAAUGCUGUCCUUUUCAUAUCUACUGUAUAUCAAUCAACAUUUUUUCAUUGCACUGUUUUGGUAGAAUCAAUCUGUAAUGAUUUCUGUUUAAUUUCACUGUUCAUUAUUGUCUAAUUACACUUUAAAUCUAGUCUAGCUACGUUGGGGGUCAGUCUCAGCGUAGUUACACCUUGCAAUAACACUUGAACAAUGUCUGUAAUUACACUAUUAAUGUUUGUUGAUAACAGUUGUAAUUACACUGUAACAAUGUUUAAUUACACUAUCAAUGUAAAUAUGAUUUUGCUAGUGUAAUUAUAUUUUGUCAUUGCAAGUGUAAUGUUGUUUUGUCAUUUUUUAAUUACACUAAAUCAUUAUAAAUGUAAUUAAAUUGUCAUUGUCUAAUGACACUGUUAGUGUAAUUAUAACAUGUUAUUAUAAUGACAAUGUAUAAAUACACUAUCAAUGCAAGUGUAAUUGAGUUUUGUCAUUGUCUAAUUACACUGUUAGUGUAAUUAUAAGGACAAUGUAUAAAUACACUUUCAAUUUAAGUGUAAUUGAGUUUUGUCAUUGUCUAAUUACACUGUUAGUUUAAUUAUAAUGGCAAUGUAUAAAUACACUGUAUCAAUGAAAGUGUAGUUAUGAUGUCAUCCUAUUACACCAUAUCAUUUUAAGUGUAAAUAUGUUUUGUCUUUGUCUAAUUACACUCUAUCAAUAUUGCUAUUAUUACACUGGGUAUCAAUGUCUAAUAGAAAAUUAGUUGCAUGUUGGUGAUGAUGAUGUCACUUAUUUCAGGUAUAAUUGUCCAUAUCAUCGUUAUAUUUGGGAUAUCACUUCAUGGCAAUAUGCUGAGAUAUUAUAAGAAAGAGGUUAACAUACUGUUUAAUUUCUAUAUAUUGUUUUCAAGAAUGAUAUGUAUAUAUUUGUUUACAAAUAAAAAGACCAAAUAAAUCAUACUGCUCAUUAAUUGAUAUAAAGAAAGAUGUUUGUUUAUUAUCUCUGUUCCAAUGCCUGUAAUUUGACAGGUUACAAGAAACCCAUAUUUUCACACAUUAUCAUGAUUAAAAUACAAGUAAUUUUCUAUAAUGUUCUAUGUUCUCCUUGACUAGUGUAGAUGUAAAUUUGGCUCAACUUUUGAUCCUCAUGGGAGUGUUGCCUUAAAUAAGUGUAGUUUUUCUUUAUAAGUUUUAAUUUAUGAUAAAUAAUCAUGUUGAGUUUUAGUUAUUAUUCUUAUAAGUUAAAAAUAGGUAGGAUAUCAUAUUUUCUUAAGCUGAUCAUAUUUUCUUAUGCUGUUGUACACAAUGAGACAAACUGUGUUGUUUCUGCUGCAGAAAUAAUUGUCAUUUACGAUACCAAUUUUGUGUGGUGUACAUGAUAUAAGUUUUUAUAUACAACAUGGUGUACACAAUAUAAUACUCUCCUGUAGUCAUAUUAAUCUGUGUGUGGUGUACACAAUAUCCUUAGCUUUGUAGUCCUAAAUGACAUAUACUCAAGUGGCUUAACUAUACGUGUGUGUACAUUCUAGUCUCUCCAGACGAAUGUAACUUGUUCCAUAUGUGCCAAAAUCAGUUGUACAUAUUUUAAACUAAAGUUUGGCAGUUUCAUUCGUGUGCAAUACUUUGGUAAUCCAUACUACAGUGUUGUUAUUAUAAUCGUUUGAGCGUUGUGAGUUCCUAUUUUAUUUAGCAUGCAGAUGUAUGAAAAGUUAUAUGCAAGAACGAACUAGUGUGCAUUUAUUUCUAUUUUCUUUGUUUUAUAUAAUCAGUAUCUUCAUUUUACAAGCUCUUCAUUAAAAUUUCUUUUUGUGAAA